GAAAAAAGAAAAAAAAAAGAAAAGAAAAGCCCGACCUUUCAUUGAAUGCGAAACAGCGCCUCUCACAAUCUCUCCUCCUCUUUCCUUCUUCAGACAUGGAGCAGGUGUACAAGGAGCUGGAGGAGGCCAGGACAACUGUAGAAUCGUUGACUGAAGAAAUCCGGGCUAAAUCCGCACUCUUCGAGAGCUUGAGGCGAGCCCAUGCCGAGCAGUCUGCGAGGCUUCAAGAAAGCAGAGCCCAGAUUGAGAAGCAAGCGAAAGAGAUUGAUGCCAAGGGUGAGGAGAUCUCUGUCACGAAACUAAUGUGUGAGGAGCUCAGAUCUAAGGUCAGCGAGAAGGAGUCGGCUUUCAAGCAUCUGAGCUUGGCCCAUGAAAAUCUGAAGGCGGGUUUCUCGGAGAAAGUUUCGAGGCUGGAAGGAGACAAUAAACAGCUUGUUUCAGCUUUGGAUGAAGCCAACAUGAAAGGGGAGGAACAGGGCGGGUUGAUUUCUUCUUGUGAACAAGAGAUCGAGAAGCUAAAAGGGCUUUUGUCGAUUACGCGGAAGAAAUGCGCUGAUGCAGAGCAGAGGGCUCAGGCGUCAAGAGAAGCGAGAAGGAGAGAUGAGACGAUAUCUAAAAUGGAGCGAGACAAAGAGGAACUCGAAAACCAGCUUAAAUGGAAGACAGAACAGUUUAGGCACCUCGAGGACGCCCAUAAUAAGGCCCAAGAGAAGUUUCGAGCGUGCAAGAAGGAGCUGGAGAUGGAGAGGGCCAAUCUGAUUGAUGAAGUUUCCUCUUUGCAGACUAAUUUGGAUUCCAAAACUAGGGUUGCUGAGGAUCUCAGGUCCAAGUUAGAGAUGUGCAAUCAGGUUCUGGCUCGUGAAGAGAGCAGAAGGAAAUUGCUCGAAAUUCAGAUGGCUGAGUCAAAAGCAAUGUAUGAGAAUGUCAUGUCGGACUAUGAAGAGGCUAGAUCGAGAAUUAGAUCUCUUACAGUGGAGAGAGAUGAGGAGAUAGCUGCAUUAAGAAACUCAUUGGCCACAAAGGGCACUCUUGCAAAGGAGCUUGAAUAUAGGGCAACACAUCUUGAGCAAGAGAAUGAAGAAUUGCGUUCGUCUUUGAAAGAACUUCAAGAAGCUCAAGUUAAUGGAGUGGGUGCAGCUGCUUCUUUGAAGACAUUGCAGCAAAAAUUUCGAGCUUUAGAACAGGCACACCGAAGUUGUUCUGAGAAAAUGAAAGCUCGAGAUGCUGAGUGGAGCUUGGAGACAGAAAAGCUUAACAACGAGUUGGAUGAUUGCUUGCUCAAGUUAAGUGACAAGGAUGAACAUACACGGUACCUACAGGCUGAACUAGAAGUUGCCCAUUCCUCAUUGAUGCAGCAAAAGUUGGAAAAUGAAGAGAUAUAUGUGGUUCUUAUGAUAUUGAAAUCGAAAUUUGUGGAAUCCUCUUCAAGUCUCGAAGACUUGAUGCACGAAUAUGGGCAGAACGGUGUGAAAGCGGAGGAGAGAAUCCGCUUUCUGAUGGAGCAACUAGAGAAGAAGAGUAGUGACCUGGCACAAGCACAAGCUCAGAUUAAGCGAGAGCAUGAAACAGUUGACUCAUUACUGUCAAAGAUGGAGUAUUCAGAAUCUAUUGAGCAAGAAUACAAUCGGAUGAAGAAGGAAAUAUCUUCAUACAAAGUGAUGCUUGAAGAAUCAUCACAGAAACUUGAAAAGUUUAAGAAACAAACUGUAAGCAAGGAAGACGACCUGAUGGAGGAUGUUAGAAAAGCUUUGUCUGCUCUAGACCAGGCUAAUUGUGCUCUUGCCGAGAAGAGCAAUCAACUUUGCAAGGUUGAGUAUGAACUCAAGCAAUGUAAGCUAGUAGUGGAGCAGAUGGAAAAGUUGAGAUGUGAGUUGCAAGUUGAAUUAAACGAAUGUCGUGAUGAGAUGAUAUCUAUGAGAAGGGAUCUAGAGCAUUCCUUGGUUGCCAAGGUGAAGGCUGAUAAAGACCUUGAGGAAAGAAAGGAGAGCUUUCUGCAAGCUUUAAAGCAGAAAGACAUGAUAAUAGAAGAGCUUCAGGAAUCCCUUCUUCUGCUUGAGGAAGAUAAACAAGAUAUGGAAACCAAAUUAGAAUCUAAGAAGUCAAGUGAGUAUGAAAAGGAAAUUUUUUUUCAGUUUAUGGAAGACAUGGACAGGAGGCAAAGAUCUGUGCAAACAGAAAUUGAUUCUCUUGAACAAAAUUAUGUUCUCAGAGAGUUUGAAUUUCUAAUGAAGAUUGAGGAAGAGAAAUUGAGGUCGCAACAAGUAAUGGAAGAGAAAGAGAAAGUAAUUACUGAUAUGCAGAACAAGAUUUUAUCGUGUGAACGAGAUGCAGAUAUUGAGCUUUGUGUGCUUAGCGAGACACUGGAGAAGAUAAUGGCAGUUCACAUUCUUAAUCAACAUGAAAUCUACUUUAGACACAGUUUGGUGGCUGAGUUGGAAAAAGAAAUUGAUGCAUUACAGAGGAUGGCUAAAUGUGGAGAGGACCUGGCAUUUAGCCUGAAAAAUUGUGUACACGAGCUUGAAGCCAAGUUAGCCGUUCUUCUCUUGGAGAAAAAGAAAGAGCAGGUUCACUUCGAGGACGAACUCAAAGUCAUAAUGAGUAGUAAAUUGGCAUUAGAAGCCCGAGCAAAAGAGCUAGAAUCUGAGAAGGAGGCUCUUUAUGAGUCCAUUGUGCAGGUUUCAUCGGAUAGAGACGAGUUAGUCAAUCAGAUGAUGGGGUUUGGUGACCUGAUAGUGGACGUAUUGGGCGAAAGUGAGGAGGUUAAGAGAAAGUGGGACAGGGUUACGCAAAAUGCUGCAAAUGAGAAUGCCAUUUCUGCAGAUUUUCAAGUUGACGCAAACUUCAGAAACCCAGACGGGAAAAACUUCAAUUCACCCUCAAAAAACAAAACAGGACAGGUUCCUGGUGUAAGGUCCCCGUUAAAGGAGCACAAUAAGUACUUCUGUAAUCAGAAUCGAGUGGGUGAUGUCCUUUAAGAUCAAACUUUCUUUCCUUUGUCAGUUAAUCCUCGUACCAUCUCUUUGUCAAAUGUUGUAUUAGAUAAUUUGCAUUGAAUUCAGUUGUCUUGACUAAAUUACUUAAACAAUCUCUUGUUAUGUUGAGAACUAUACUUGUCUUGCGAUGAAAUUGUUUCAAUUCUGUA